AUGCUGUCCAGGACUGCCCGGUUCGCCUCAGGGCGCGCCCUCGCCGCCAUCGGCUCCUCUGCUGCCCGAAGCACCAUGUCGAGCGCCCUCGUCCGCCCUACCGUCGCGGCGGCGCCCAUGGCCGUGUCCGUCUCGGCCCGGCGCUCCUACCACGAAAAAGUGCUCGACCACUACUCGCGCCCGCGCAAUGUCGGCUCUAUGGACAAGAAGGACCUCGACGUCGGCACCGGCCUGGUCGGCGCCCCGGCGUGCGGCGACGUGAUGAAGCUGCAGAUUCGCGUGGACCCCGAGACCAAUACCAUCUCGGACGUCAAGUUCAAGACGUUUGGAUGCGGCUCUGCCAUUGCCUCGAGCAGCUAUCUCACGGAGCUGGUGCGUGGCAUGAGCCUCGACGACGCCGGCAAGGUCAAGAACACGGAGAUUGCCAAGGAGCUGUGCCUGCCUCCUGUCAAGCUCCACUGCUCCAUGCUUGCCGAGGAUGCCAUCAAGUCGGCCAUCUCCGAUUACUAUAGCAAGAACCCCAAGGUUCAGACCACCAACCUGGGUGGUACUGGGCUGAAGAUGCCGAUGGGCGCCACUGCGGAGGCCACUCCCGCAUAA